CUUGUGCAUCACUAUGUGAUGAUAUUGUCGUUUUUUACGUAACAAGUGUGAUCUUCGACGCCAUCAUGACCCGAUGAUCGGGCAGAUAUCAUUUUCUUGACUUGAAAGUAUACUGGACUUGGAAACACCGGUAAAUGUAGGCCUACUCUAGAAUAGGAAAUUUGAUUUGCUGUGAUAACAAUUGUGUGCAAAAAUUAUAGCUGCAAGUAUCAUGUGACAGUGUCUUCAUAGAGGGGAGGGCAAACCAGAAACAUGGCAAGGGUUUGUCCAUUCCGUUCUCUUCUACUAGAAAUUGACGAUGGCCUCACCAAGGCAGACCUUGAAAAACUGAUCUUUCUGUCCAAGGACGAGAUCGGUUCUGAGAGAGAAUCAGAGGACAUCAGCUCAGGACUGGACCUGUUCGAAGUCUUCAUCAAGCGAGACGUCAUCAACAAGGAAUGUAUUGAUUAUCUUGCAGAUCUUCUAGUCAAGAUAAGACGGUUCGACCUAAGAAAAGUUCUUUACAAGAAAUGGGUUUCCGUUCGGCAAACGUGCGACGAAAGAACCACCGACACAGGUUCAAACCAUCCCCUGCAGAUCCGACCCAAGGUUAAGGAUGUCUGUCUUCAAGAGCACUCCAAAGAAAAUCCGGUUAUGCCAGUCUUCCCGGGUCACCGUCUAAAGCAUACAGUCCCAGAAGUGCUGAUAGAUGGUCAAGAUGUGAAAGAUAUGGAUCUGGAACAGCCACAAGGAGAGGGAAAUCAACAGAGGAAGCAGUCCGCGAUGCCCCUUGAAAUGUCAAAUCUGAGCCCCGAGGAUGUCUCGCCUCUCGAUGAUAUGAUCAGACGACGUAAAGAUGAAAAACGUCCGCCACUGCCUCAGCAGGGGUGUGUAGAAUCGGGAUCUUCUGAAAGCUUAUACCAGAACUCCGGAAUGCCCAACGGCAGACAUUUUCUUCGGGACAAACAGGAUCGAUAUUUGAUUGUCGGAAACAGGAGCAGUACCUCUAGUGUGGACAGCCUUGAGGCACGGACUGGACGACAUCCCUCAUCCAAAUCUAGCUCUGACAGCGGCAGCUGCACGUCUAGUGUUGAUAGUUUGGAUGAGCAGAAAGCGACAAACAGAAUCGUUUCUCGAAAACCUUGUCGCUCUAUGAGGUCCAAUAGCUUUCAAAGUAAGCGUUGGAGCACGAAUAGCACGAUAAGCACGAUUAGUACGAUUAGCACUGAUAGUUUAGAAGACCAGUAUCCCGAUUACUUGGAACAUGAGAGAGGAGUUUAAACGACAAUCGGUUUGCAAAAUGAUUUAACCACUGGCGUCUCAUCCAGUGUCAUUAUUGUGACAUUAUUUUGCCUAGCUGAACGUGAUCUUGGGAAUGUUCCAUGAAAUCUGUCAGCUCUAACUUAAUUGUCAGUACCGACAAGUUUAGUGAAAUGCGUGUUUUUUAAUGUCUGAGAGGCACAAGCCUAUUACUGUAGUAAUUGUAGGAGAAAGUCAACUUGUCAGUGCUGACAACUCUCAUAAAAUGGUCCUCCGGGAACAAUUCGACCGAAUUAGAGCUAGGCACAUUAUUCAAAGCUUAUGUAUCAUAUUAUGUAUUAUAUCACGAAUUUAAUUUCUUUAGAAAAUAGUGUUGCCAUGUUCUACACUAACCACAGGUAUCAUU